AUGGAAGGAAGAGACUCGGUAGCCCCGGCCAAGACGCGACGUGGUAGCAGCGGUGCUAUUUAUGAAAAGUACUUAAACAUUAAGAACAAUGCGCUACCUAAAGAAGAUGAAGGGGUAGCUACGAAUUGUGUAGAAAUUUCGAAUUCAACGGACGAGUAUGAACUUGAAGCUGGAGAAUUGGUUAGUAUAUCACUUACAAUGAAUUUGUAUGGGGCCAAUGGGCUCUCAGGUCUCAGUUAUACAGCGGCGCGUCUUGGUGUAACAAUUGGAAAUCCCAAUGACGGAAGUGGCGUAAUGUCGCCAAGAAGGGAAGAACGUGGAGGAUUGAGGUCACCCAGGAUGAGACAACCACCUGGGCCGAUGUCACCGCCGAGGAUGAUGGGAGGACCUAUGAGGAGACGUAGUCAAAGUCGCAGCAGAAGUCGUGGACGCAAUGGUAACAGCAUUCUAGAUGUUAUGAAUGGAGGAAAUCGACCAUGGCCACCACUGCAAGGCCCGCCUGGGAAUGGAUACUUUGGAGAUGGGCGCAGUCCACGAGAAACAUUCGGUAGACGACCGGGCAGUCCCGGUGAUCGGCGUGGCAACUCGCCAAGUGGUGGUUUUGAUCGAAGACCUGGUAGUCCGCCGCGCGGUGGUUUUUACCGAAGGCCUGGCAGCCCGCCACGCGGUGGGUUCAACCAAAGGCCUGGCAGCCCGCCACGCGGUGAAUUUAACCGAAGGCUUGGUAGCCCGCCACGCGAUGGCUAUAACCAAAGGCCUGGCAGCCCGCCACGAGGUGAAUUUAACCGAAGACCUGGUAGCCCGCCACGCGAUGGCUAUAAUCAAAGGCCUGGUAGUCCGCAGCGUAACGACUUUAGAGGUGGACGUAGCCCUCCGCGUGGUGACUUUGAUGGUUCACGCGAAUGCUUCCGACGCGACGGUCCAUUUGGUAACCCUCGUGGACGUUCUGCACCACGUGAAGACUAUCGGCGGGGUCGGUCGAUGAGCCCUGAACGAGGUGGUCCACCAAGAGAUUUUCGCAAUAGCCUGGGGCCAGGACGAGACGGUCCGCGUGGCGGAAUGAUGGGAGGGCAUGGCCCAGGUGGACCUCGUUGGAGCCGAAGUCGAAGCCCGUUUUUUCGUGGUUCUCCGCCCCGUGGUCCUCCACGCAACGGUAACGGCUUUGAACCUCCUGAGCGUCGACCCGGGUUAGGAAGCCCUGGUAGGAUGGGCAUGAAUGAAUUUCGAAGUCCACCUCGCGAUGUUUUCAAUGGCUUUGGUCUCGGCGGUCCGCCUUCGUUUGAAGAUAGAGGCCCGCCGAACAUGUUUCGUCCUCGAGGUCGGAGCCGCAGUCCGAACCAGCGACCUCCGAGUGAAAUGAUGCGCAAGAGGGACCGUAGCUGGGAACGUGGUGAUCCGCCACCAAAUCUUGUGGAGCCUUCGUUAAAUGGACCUAUGCCCGAUAGCCCAAGGUUGUUGGAAGCCCGACCAUUUGACACCCCGAGUGAAUGGAACUUUGAGUUAAAACGCAGUGGCAAGUUCAAGUGUCGCUGCAGUGCAACGUCACUUUCGGUCGGCAUCAGCCGUCAAUUGCCGUUGUUUUUGGAUGUGGUGACGUUGCCACACUUGAAGAGGUCGCCGGAGUUUUUGCAGCUUGAUCGGCCGACCAUACGAAGGGUCGUGUACGAACUUAAACCGGAAUCAAUGGCGGACGCGAGUGGGUACCGGGAAUUUGUCGAUUACCUUAUCCAGGGACGAAGUGGUCAUGCACGCGCUGGGGCCGCUACGGAAAUGGAAUCUCAAGGCUUUAAGAUUUUUCUUUUGCCUCCGGGUCAAGCAGCACGGCAGAUCGGUUACAAAGGAGAUCAUAUGAUUGCCGUUUUGCGUUCCCGUUGA